UUUUCUCCCUUGUACUUAUUUUUAGAUUAUGUUCAGGUAUCAGCAUGGCUACUAGUACAACUCUUUGUGAUCCAUGUUCAGUACGACAUAUUACCAAACCAUCAGCACACUGGUGCUCAGAAUGUGAAGAGGCCAUUUGUGAUGAGUGCCAAGAACAUCAUAAAGUACUCAAAGCCACACGAAGGCAUAAGCUCAUGCCAAUUGACAACUACAAAUCUCUUCCGUCUUUCAUUACUGAUAUACAGCAGUCAUGUACCUAUCACAAUGAAAAGUAUCAACAAUACUGUGUUGCGCAUGAGUUACCUAUUUGUUUAAAAUGCAUUAUAGAGCACCAGAAAUGCAACGUCAUUCCUAUUGAUGAGAUCACCAAUAACGCUAAAACAUCCGGGCACUUCCAAGAUUUAGAAACUAGACUGAUGGACUUACUACAGAACAUUGAUAUAAUUAAGAAGGAUCGAAAGGCUAAUUUGGCCAGUAUUGAAGAAACGAAAGGGCGACAUCUUACAGAAAUUCAAAAAAUAAGAACUAAGAUAAACGAACAUUUAGACAAACUUGAAAAAGAAAUAAUACAAGAUCUUGAGAAAAAAGAGUGCCAAUGUACAACGAGUAUUCAGAAGAUUUUAUCAUCAGUUAAACAAAAUGAAAACUUGAUAACAGAAUAUCAGACCAAUCUCCAAAGCAUCAAACAACAUGCUUCCGAUCUUCAAACAUUUCUAGUAAUGAAAAAUAUUGAGAUGAAAAUAUUUGAAAAUGAAGAAUAUCUGCAGUCGUUGAUAGAAACUAAACAAAUCGAGCAAGUUGAUCUGGUUGUCGAAGUUGACCCAGGGGUAAAUAGCAUCUUGAAGAGUUUAAAGAAUGUUGGAUCAAUUGCAAUAAAAACGACGUCAAGUAACAUUCGUUUAAACAGAGAGAAAGACAAACAAGCACAGCUGCAAGUAACACCAAAGAAGAACAUUAACGAUUGGAAUUUGAUUCUACAGAAGAAAAUAACAACAGGAGGAAAGAACAUUAGAGGUUGUUGCAUGUCAGUUAAUAGCGAAUAUUUCUUCACUGAUCAUUACUUAAGAAAAACGCUUUCUGUCAUUGCAUCAGAUGGUACAUUCAAAUUUAACAUGUUUCUUGACCCUAGUUGUGGGUUUGACAUAACUUUUAUCGAUGACACAACUAUCGCUAUCACAUCUGGAGGAUCCUUUAAGCAAAUUGGAAUUUACAUAAUAGAUAACGAGAGCCGAAAGAAAAUUAAGUUCAUCAGCCUUCCUCGUCGUUCCUGGGGAAUCACACGUGAUCACAACUCGCUGUUUGUCUGUGUUGAAGGACAGGGUAUAUAUAAAGUGAACACUGUGGAUUAUGCUACUUCUCACGUGAUCAGGAGUAACUUAUCGGGAUGUUCCUGUGUAUCUGUUUUCAACGGCAAGAUAUACUAUACUGACAAAGAUGGUAACAGUGUAGUUUGUUGUGACCGCGAUGGGUCAUGUGUUUGGACUUUUAGAGAUACUUUAGUUUUGAAGACCCCGAGGGGCAUUACUGUGGAUAAUGAUGGAAACGUGUUUGUUGUCGGAGAGACGUCGUCGAAUGUGGUCAUUAUAUCAAACGAUGGAAAACAUCACAGGCAAAUUCUAACAAAUAAAGAUGGUCUACGUGCACCGUCAGCUAUUUUCUUUGAUAAACAAACCAGGACACUUCUUGUUGCGAACAAUAAAGAAACUGCUUUCCUUUACAAUGUUACUUAAAAUAAUUGAAAUUAAUAAAUUUAUAUUAUAAUUUC